AUGCCACGUAAUAAAAUAUCCGACAUUGUCGAAGGGCGUAUUUUGCAACUAUUACGUUGGGGAUAUUCUCAGUCUCUUAUUGUGAACAUUUUGAAACUUGAUGGUAUACAUGUAUCUCAACCUACUGUGUCAAAUGUCAAACAAAAGAUCGGUCGUCAAAGAAAUUCCGAAUCAAAAAUUAAAAUUUUUCGAAAGAAGCCAUCACAAACACCUUCUAUUAUUAAGAAGGUUAUUGAAAAGAUUGAUGUUAAAGAACCACCAACUCAACGUGCUAUUGCUAAAGACCUUCACAUUAGCCAAUCGACUGUCUCGAACAUUAUCAAAAAUUCUGGAUUUACUCUUCGAAAGAAACAAAAAGUUCAAAAGUUAACAUCAUCGAAUGUUAUGAAACGUGGACAACGAUCAUUUUAA